GUUUGAAACAACGAUGUGAAUUUAUAUUUAUAAACAUAAAAAAUUGACAGUCCCUGAGAUUGCUUCUCUCGGUCACUCCUGGCUCCUGCCUUGAACGAAAAGAAAACAAAAGCAUCGCCUUGUUCUAUAUAAACGAACUGACUCGGUAACGACGCGACUCGGUUGAAACAAGGGGUGAUUAUCGACUGUAGGGAGUUCGAAGAUGUUUAGGAACCAGUAUGAUACAGAUGUGACGACAUGGUCGCCGGCUGGACGGCUGUUCCAGGUGGAGUACGCAAUGGAGGCCGUGAAACAGGGUUCGGCGGCGAUAGGUCUGAGAUCGAAGACUCACGUAGUCUUUGCUUCCGUCAACAAAGCCAAUUCCGAGCUUUCUUCUCACCAGAAGAAGAUCUUCAAGGUCGACGAUCACAUUGGAGUUGCAAUCGCCGGCCUCACCGCCGAUGGCCGCGUUCUGUCCCGGUACAUGCGCAAUGAGUGCAUUAAUUACAGUUACUCGUACGAGUCUCCACUCCCUGUUGGCCGACUUGUUGUUCAGCUUGCUGAUAAAGCACAGGUUUGCACGCAGAGGUCGUGGAAAAGGCCAUAUGGUGUUGGCCUCCUUGUAGGAGGGCUAGAUGAGUCGGGAGCACACCUCUAUUACAACUGCCCAAGUGGAAACUACUUCGAGUACCAAGCAUUUGCCAUUGGGUCUCGCUCACAAGCUGCAAAAACAUACUUAGAGCGUCGAUACGAGACCUUCAUGGAUUCCCCAAGAGAAAGCCUGCUCAAGGAUGCACUCUUUGCAUUGAGAGAAACCUUGCAAGGAGAGAAGCUGACGAGCUCGGCCUGCACAAUCGCCGUGCUUGGGGUAGGGGAGCCAUUCCACGUGUUGGAUAAAGAAGCUAUACAAUCUUUAAUCAAUGAGUUUGAGGUUGCGGGAGGUGAAGAAGAAGAAGCAGUCGGGGAGGGUGAUGCUCCUGCUGCUCCUGCCGCUCCUGCCGCAGACUCAACUGGCGCUGAAGGAGCAGCUCCAAUGGAUAUAUGAUGAUAGUAAUGUUCCAACUUCUUUAUUCAUCGAUUUUCAUUUGAAGUGUGGAUUUAUGUUGCAGAUCUGGAUUCUGGAUGGUACUCCAGCAGGUCGGAGACCAUCUUUUGCUUAAUUGGUGUAGCAAUGUGUGUUCUGUUUAACUUCAUAAUAACUUUAUGGUUUUGAAGUUUACAUACGAGACAGUAUUCUGAUUUCUGAGUUUCAUUUUACAGUAAAAUGCUUUCCUUCAGACUAGCGAAGCAUACUGCUUUAUUAUUAGCAAAAAGAAAUAUGUCAUAAAACUUUUCAUGCCAAUUUUCCUCCUAACCCGCCCAGAUAGGUUUGGUCUCACGUAAAUAGAUUUGUAUUUUAAAUAGUAUUACUAGUAUGUUUAUAGUUUUAGUGGAUAGUUGGAUACAUUUAUGUAUAAUAACUAACAAAGUUCUUUUGCAAAAAAAAAAAAAAAAAAAAAAAAAAAAAAAAACUAACAAAGUUCAUUUCACUUCUGGUAAAAAAAACAAAGUUCAUUCCACCGUAGGAUAAUAAUAUUUUAUUUACUCCUUAUUACAACAUAAUACUUCCUCGGUUCCAAAUGAUGUCCUCAUAUUCGUUUUUGAGAUGUUCUCAUCUUUUAUCGUUUGAACUACUUCAUUAAUACUUCCAAGACAAUUAAUUUGGUACGGAAGGAAUAUUAUAUAAACUAUCAAAAGGGGAAUUGUUUUGAAUGUCCCAAAGGUAUGAAUGCAACAUUUCAACAUGCUAAUUUUGUAUCUCUGGUAAAUGUAAUGAAUUUUGUAUUAAUAGCCAUAAUCGGUGACGCCGAGAUGUAGAUUGUAUCUUUCAUGAAUACAAGUUUAUGAAGUCAAGCUUAUAAUUUAAAUAGUCAAAUAUUUGGGAGUGAACAAUUAACAUUCAUUUGUGAAUGAAUUAUCUAUAUUCAAGUUCUAAAGCCACUAACAAUAUAAAAAAUAUCAUAAUAUUAAUCUCGCACAUUCUGAUUUGGAGUGUUGAGCUUAUACCACCACAAAGUUAAGUUUGGGGUAUAUAAUUAUUUUUCAC